UUAUCUUCGCAAAAGCGCGGGGCUGCUGGUCCCUUGCUGCCGACGCCCCAGCACCCGCUGAUGUUCCGUCCCUACCCUACCCUACCCUACUCCGGCCCCUCCACCCCACCCAGGGUCUCCUCUGAGGCAUGCCCACUCCCCCACCCCCCCUCUACUAGUCCGAAGCAAAAGAAGACUCACAACCCCAAAAGGGAAUGCUGUGCCCGGUCCGGGGACCAGCUCCAGGCACCGUCCUUGUGGCUGGAAUCCAGUGCUGGCUCCUACUUCCCCAGCAGAGGAAAGAUCCACAGAUUGGCCGCAGCCCGGCCGGCCCCGGAGGCACAAGGGCGUGGGCUCGGUCAUUUCCAUUUGACCAGGGGCCUCUUUCCUCCCGUGGGCCUUGGAGUUUCAUCAACGUUCAGACUACUCUACUGGAGACUGCGAACAAGCAACCCUGUGCCUGAUCCUGGGGUGCCAGGGCGCGCAAAAACCGAAGGAAUCGACACCGCAAGGAAUGUAAUCGAGGAUGCUGGCCUUGCGGCUGCUCAACGUGGUGGCCCCCGCCUACUUCCUGUGCAUCUCCCUGGUGACCUUCGUGCUGCAGCUCUUCCUCUUCCUGCCCAGCAUGCGUGAGGACCCCGCGGCCGCCCCUCUCUUCUCCCCCGCCCUGCUCCACGGGGCGCUCUUCCUUUUCCUCUCUGCCAACGCCCUGGGGAAUUACGUCUUGGUCAUCCAGAACUCCCCGGACGACCUGGGCGCCUGCCAGGGGCCCUCGACCAGGAGGGCCCCGUGUCCCCCGCCCAGCACCCACUUCUGCCGAGUGUGCGCCAGGGUCACCCUGAGGCACGACCACCACUGUUUCUUCACCGGCAACUGCAUCGGCAGCAGGAACAUGCGCAACUUCGUCCUGUUCUGCCUCUACACCUCCCUUGCCUGCCUCUACUCCAUGGUGGCCGGCGUGGCCUACAUCUCCGCUGUCCUUUCCAUCUCCUUCGCCCACCCCCUGGCCUUCCUCACGCUCCUGCCCACCUCCAUCAGCCAGUUCUUCUCCGGAGCUGUCCUCGGUUCUGAAAUGUUCGUCAUUCUCAUGCUCUACCUCUGGUUUGCCAUCGGCCUGGCCUGCGCGGGCUUCUGCUGCCACCAGCUGCUGUUGAUCCUCCGGGGGCAGACCCGCCACCAGGUGCGGAAGGGGGUGGCAGUGAGGGCCCGGCCCUGGCGCAAGAACUUACAGGAGGUCUUCGGGAAGAGGUGGCUGCUGGGUCUGCUGGUCCCCAUGUUCAAUGUUGGAAGUGAGAGCUCCAAGCAGCAGGACAAGUAGCAGGCAUUCCCAUCAUCUCUCUCUCUCUCUCUCUCUCUCUCUGUCUUUACUCCUUCUGAACACAAGACCACGCACCUUUCUCUCCAUCCAUGACCCACUGUAAACUCAGGCUGGUAAGGUCCUAGAAGCCACCUCUUGUCCAUGACCCAAAGAGAACAGCCUUGGCUGGUGGAUCAUGACCAGGUGCCCAGAUGCUAAUUCUUCAUAUGCCUCUCCUCGGAGUCCCUGCUUUCCCCCUCUGCCUGGGUCAUCCACUCUCUACAAUGUUUGAUGUCAUCACCACUGUCUGUCAGAGUCCUUCCUCUCAGCCCCCAUGCUGGGAGUGGGGAGUGGAUUAUUGCUGCUGGUAUGAAGCUCCCCUGGACCUGAGACUGGCAAAAAUGUUUAAAAUUACCAUGUGUAAGAGGCAGCCAAGUCAUCUCUGCCAACUGCUGGGCAAGUUGGAAAAGGAUAGGUGCAUGUCAAAUUGUGGGCAGUGAAAGGAAAGAGAACUCAGUAGCUUGCUGCCCACCUGCCCUACUUCAGCACUGCCCCCCACUCAAGUUGCAACCCUUCUGCAGGAGAUAGCAGCCAAUGGCCUGGUGUUUCCAGCUGCCCCAGUCCAGUCCAGAAUCUGGCUGGAGACUUUCCCUGGCACUCUUUCAGCCUUUCCCCUGAUCUCCAGCCUCCAGGUGUUUGCCAGAUACUGGGAAGGAUAAGAGGAGGUACAGAUAAAUGAGGAAGGCAUAUGACUGCAUAACCAUUUAGAAGAGAAGGGAGCAGGUGUGUGUGUGUGUGUGUGUGUGUGAGAGAGAGAGAGAGAGAGAGAGAGAGAGAGAGAGAGAGAGAGAGAGGAGAGGGAGGAAGACAGAUGGGUAGUGAGGAGUGUGGUUAUGGACAUAGAGGAAGAAAGCUUAAGAUAAGAGAGAGGGUCACACAGAAUUUGGGCAUUGGGAUAUUUAGGGAAUGAGAAAUGAGAAGUGGAGGUGGGUGGAAGCAAAUGGGCUCAUUUCUGCCCUGUAUAAAGGACAUUCUAACAGCAUAUUCAGUGUUUGAAGAGAUAGUAAGUACCCCCAUGGCCCACCACUGGAGAUACUCCAUGGGAGGCAUUCCAGCAGGGACCAGGAAGUCAUCUCAGGCAUGCUGUGGAGGGGAUUUCUGAAUAGAGUUAGCCUAGAUGAACCUAGAGAUCCCUUUCCACCGUAAGCUUUCCAGACCUGGGAGCAAGCUCUGCAGAGAUGCCUGUGAGUUACUGGCUUUUACAGAAGGUGGGGAAGCAUUGGAGAGGUCUGGAGAUUAUGAUGUAAACUUUCAGGUCCUAACCCAUCCACUGAAGAGAGAGUCUUGGAGAGACAGGGCUACCUGGAUGUUAACGGUAAUGAGGGGGUUGGCAUUUGAGGACAGGGAGAUGGAACAGGGUCAGAUGGGGGCAGUGGGGGAGAUAGAGAAGCCAGAGGGUCAAGCUCAGCUCUGAGGGGCAAGAUUGGAAAGGUUGAGGCUGGGGAGUAGGGGAAACAAGAAUAUAGAGGUACAAUUACCAGACCAUCCUUGCUCAUCUGUGUGGCUCUGGAUGGGGUCACAACCAUGUCUGGGAGCCAGAGAAUAGAACCCCUGGGCAUAUGAGGAAGUGGGACAAUCCAAGCAUCCCCUCCCUGAUUGGGUCCCAAGGCAAGUCUGCCUUCCAGGCAACCAACCCCAUAGCAACCACAUAGCAACCCCACAGCAACUCUGAUGGUUGCCUCACAACAACCUGAGUUCUGGAGCAGAGUUGGGAGGAUUUACCCUGAUCCUGCCUUCUUGUCCCUUAGAGGACUAAUGUAAUGGCUUGGCCCACUUAUACAUCUCCCUCCCAUAUUCAUUGGUUCAUUCAUUCAUCCUCAUAUAUUUAUUGAGCUCUGACUAUGUGCCAAGAAUCUUCCAGGCACUGGUGAUAUAGUGGUCAACAAGAACAUGAUUCCUGCCAUCAAGGGAACUUUAUUUGUCAUUGUCCCCUGUGCACAUCUCCCACACCCUGAAAAAUGGUCACUGCCAUCUUGGUGGUCAGCAGGGUAGGUCACUCGGAGGAGAAGGACAUGGCAGAGAAGACUGAAGGAGAGGAGUCAUGGUGGCACCCUCAUCCCCUCAUCCUGGAUCUGGCCAUACUUAAGCACUCCACACCUGGAGGGGGAGAGAGUUGGGGAAUCCAGGCCUUGGCCCUCUCCUGACCCCAGAGCUCAAGGUUGGAAGUCAGCCCUGCCAUUUCCAGCCACUGGAGACUCAGCACUGUGCAGCCUGAGGUCAGGGAGGGAACAAAAGGGAGACCUGCAGGGGAGUCAGCUCCUGGCACAUUGGUCAGUGGGGAAAGGGGGCCACAGUAGGGAAGUUACUGGGUGUGGGACUUGAGUACAGUUGUACACAUAGCCCUGAAU